GACUGGUCGCUGCAAAUGCAGUGGGGGAGACUCCGCGGUCUUAUUUUCGAAGUAAAUCAAAGAGAGAGAGAGAGAGAGAGAGAGAGAGAGAGAGAGAGAGAGAGAGCGAUGAGGAGAAGAAGCAUAUGGGCAUGGGUAGUUGCCAUCGUCUGCUUCGUAGUCCUAAUGAUCGUCACUCCUGCCAUACCUCAGUCUCAAGAAUACCAUGAUUUUGCCGAUCAACGCCGAUUCUUUGGAGUUCCAAAUGCACUUAAUGUGAUUUCAAAUUUCCCGUUCCUUGUUAUUGGUCUCAUCGGGCUGGUGCUUUGCUAUUACCGGAAUUAUUUUAAGCUUAGCUUGGAAGGCGAGCUUUUGGGCUGGACAUUUUUUUAUGUUGGUGUUGCUGCUGUUGCUUUUGGAUCUUCAUACUACCAUCUAGAACCGAAUGAUGCUCGUCUUGUGUGGGAUCGCCUGCCGAUGACUGUCGCGUUCACUUCGAUCAUAUCAAUCUUUAUCAUUGAAAGGAUUGAUGAGCGAAAAGGAACAGUAUCCAUCAUACCGCUACUUUUGGCUGGUCUAUUUAGUAUAUUGUACUGGAGGUUUUUUGAUGACCUUCGACCGUAUGCUCUAGUCCAGUUUGUUCCUUGUAUUGCCAUUCCUUUGAUGGCUAUUUUGUUGCCACCAAUGUACACACACUCAACGUACUGGCUUUGGGCAGCAGGAUUUUAUCUUUUGGCAAAGGUGGAAGAAGCUUGUGAUAAGGUCAUUUAUGAUUGGACAUAUCACAUUGUUAGUGGGCAUACACUUAAGCAUUUAUGUGCUGCGAUGGUUCCUGUUUUCCUGACACUCAUGCUUGCAAAGAGGACUAUUGAAACAGACAGGAAAAGCUUGCUGAAGACAUGGAAGGUUUCUUGGACGAAAGUUAAAGUCAAUGGGAACGAUCAAGAGGUAUCUUACAGUGCUGUAUCAGUUGUGGAAUCACCUGCAUAGUACAUCUUGUCCACUCUUAAUGGAUGACUCUUUUACUAGAAACUAUUCACUUUGUUUUUGUAUAUAUUAUACACAGAAAGGGAAAAGAAAAGAAACACACAAAGAAAGCAAUAUUCGUUGGUGAACCACUAGUAUUACUCUUGUUGUUGAUCUGUAACAUAUUGUUAAAAACAUGUAUAACUUGUAGACAAACUGGUAUGCAAUCUAAGAUUUAUUUGAAUUA